CGCCGGGCGCGAUGGAGCCGAGGCGCGGGGCGGCGGCGCUGCUGGCGCUGCUGUGCGCGGGCUGUGCGCUGCGCCCCGGGCGCGCCCAGUACGAGCGCUACAGCUUCCGCAGCUUCCCGCGGGACGAGCUGAUGCCGCUGGAGUCGGCCUACCGGCACGCGCUGGACCAGUACAGCGGCGAGCACUGGGCCGAGAGCGUGGGCUACCUGGAGAUCAGCCUGCGGCUGCACCGCCUGCUGCGCGACAGCGAGGCCUUCUGCCACCUCAACUGCAGCGCGGCGCCCGAGCCCGCGCCCGCCGCCGGCCGCGCCCGCUACGCCGAGCUGCGCCUCUUCGGGGGCCUGCUCCGCCGCGCGCACUGCCUCAAGCGCUGCAAGCAGGGGCUGCCGGCCUUCCGCCAGUCGCAGCCCAGCCGCGACGUGCUGGCCGACUUCCAGCGCCGCGAGCCCUACAAGUUCCUGCAGUUCGCCUACUUCAAGGCAAACAAUCUUCCGAAAGCCAUCGCGGCUGCGCACACCUUUCUACUGAAGCAUCCCGAUGACGAGAUGAUGAAGAGAAACAUGGCGUACUACAAGAGCUUGCCUGAUGCUGAGGACUAUAUCAAAGACUUGGAGGCCAAGUCGUAUGAGAGCCUGUUCAUCCGAGCAGUGCGGGCGUACAACGGCGAGAACUGGAGAACGUCCGUCACAGACAUGGAGCUGGCCCUUCCUGACUUCUUCAAAGCCUUUUAUGGGUGUCUUGCAGCCUGUGAAGGCUCUAGGGAGAUCAAGGACUUCAAGGAUUUCUAUCUCUCCAUUGCAGAUCACUACAUAGAAGUCCUGGAGUGCAAAAUACAGUGUGAAGAAAACCUCACCCCGGUGAUAGGAGGCUAUCCUGUUGAGAAGUUUGUGGCCACCAUGUAUCAUUAUUUGCAGUUUGCUUAUUAUAAACUGAACGACCUGAAGAACGCAGCCCCCUGUGCCGUCAGCUACCUGCUCUUUGACCAGAACGACAAGGUCAUGCAGCAGAACCUGGUGUUUUACCAGUAUCACCGGGAGAAGUGGGGCCUCUCGGACGAGCAUUUCCAGCCCAGGCCUGAAGCAGUUCAGUUCUUUAACGUGACCACGCUCCAGAAAGAGCUGUAUGACUUUGCUAAGGAAAACGUAAUGGAUGAUGAUGAGGGAGAGGUUGUGGAAUACGUGGAUGACCUCUUGGAGAUGGAGGAGACCAGCUAGUCCGCAGCAACCAAAGUGACUUCCCCUCGAUGUUCAGGAAACACAAGAUUCUUUGUCCAACUUGUUCUCAAUGUGCCAGGUUGUUGAUACCUCAAAGCCUCCCCUUCACCCUGUGAAGUGAAAGGGAAGCCCCCAUCUCUCUCACUCCACGUAACUAGGGGUCAGCCUACCUUUUCCGUGUUCACACUUGUCUUCCCAUCUUCACACUUGCUUUCCCUAUAUUUGGACCUCUCUUCCCAUGGUCACACCUGCCUUCCCCAUUUUACUUGCCUUUCUCACCAUUCUGGCUGGAAGGAUAGUCUUCCAUGGCUUGUUUGUUUUUUCCCUCCAGAAAAAUCAGUAUUAUUUUUUAAAUAAGAAAAACACUCCUAAAAGAUGAUUGUUGUGAAAACCUACUUUGGCCUCUCUUCCAGAUUUUGUUGUUAUUGUUAGGUGCUGUCGAGUCAGUUCCGACUCAUAGCGACCCUAUGUACAACAGAACAAAACACUCCCCAGUCCAGAUUUUCAUCUCCCUUUUCCCAUCCCCUGGUCAGGAAAGAUGGUGGAGGAUCAGAGCUAAACUUCUCCAAGCCUUAUGAUGGUCUUCACUCAAUCUAACUUGCCCCAUUUUGGCACCCACUGAAAAAUGAGUUGGAUAGACAGUGUAGAAUGCAGAAAAAUAGCUUUUGCCCAACAUUUUUGCACUCCAGUCUUACAAUGGUUGGUUGUUCCCACUUGAAGACAUUGCUGAGUUACAAUGCUCAGAGCUGGAAAUGGAAGAAAACCAGAGGGUGUCUAGUUUGAAUUCAGCUUUUCAAUAAAUAUUUUUUUAGCAACUAUUAUGUGCUAGGCCGUGACCUGUGCACUGGAGCUACUGCACAGAAUAACAGACAAAAAACCCGAUGCCGUUGAGUCAAUUCCGACUCAUAAUGACCCUAAGUUUUUGUCUGUUAUUCUGUGCAGAUACCAGACCCAUUGCUGUUGAGUUAAUUCCAACUCAUAGCAACCCUAUAGGACAGAGUAGCAUUGUCCCAUAGGGUUUCCAAGGCGCAGCUGGUGGAUUCGAACUGCCAACCUUUUGGUUAGCAGCCGAGCUCUUAACCACUGCACCACCAGGGCUCCUCUGUGCAGAUACUGCACAGAAUAAAGUAUGAAAGUACUCAUCACGAAGCUUAUUCUUCAGGGAGAGACUGACAACAAAUAAACCAGAAUAAAUACAUACAA